AUGCCUCGUCUGCACUCCGAGCUCGCUCGCGAGACCAUCGCCUACACCGCCGGCUUCCUCGUUCUCCAUUUCGUCUGCCGCACUCUCUCACACUACGCGUCUCCUACCUUCCGCCGCUGCUCACCUUCGGACAAGGCGUACUGGGCUGCGAGCAUGGUCUCCACCGUCAACGCUCUCGGCAACGCGUACUGGUGGCGCGAGUGGAGCGGCGUCGAGGCGACCACAGUGCACCACGUCAUCGGCAUGGUUGCGUACUGGCGGGUGCUCACGGGCGGGUUCUGCCACUUCCACGCCCUGUGCGGCUGGCUGCUCGAGGCGACCACUCCCUUUGCGCUGCGCAUCCUUCUGUUCGGGUGGGCCCUCUCGCAGCGCGCCUCGGAGCAGGUGGCGGAGCUCGACGCGCCGAACGCGGCGAUCAUGUACUUCGCCUUCGCCGGCGGCUACCUGCUGCAGUGGUUCUGGGGGUACAAGCUGCUCCGCGGGCUCCUCAAGGCGCUCGGGGUCGUCGGCAAGAGCGGCACGAGGGACGCAAAGGCGUUGUGA